AUGUUUUCAAUAUGGAAAAGGAUGAGAAAUAGUCAUUGUUACAAAAUAAUGUUUGUUAUCGGUGUUAUUGAUAUGUUAACACUUUUGUGUAAUGGAUUGUUGACUGGUUAUUUGGGUUAUUAUGGUUAUGUUUUUUGUUCUUCUCCAAAACUUAUUUAUUUCUUUGGAGCUUAUGGACUUGGUUGUUGGUGUGCUGAAUCAACAAUGGAGACUGUCUUAGCAAUAAAUCGUUGCGCCGAACUUUGGUCUGAUGAAUUGGCACACAAAUGGUUUAAUGGUAAAAAGAUGAUUCUCUGGCUCGGCAUUCCAACAAUUUAUGGAAUUCUUAUGUCAUUAUGCACACGACCAUUAAUUUUUAGCGGGAUAUAUUUUAGCUGGUUUUUUAAUCCACAUGUCGAUUAUAUUGAUGAUACUAAUGGAAUUGUAGUUUAA